CGCAGGCAGAGAACAUUUUUAUAGAGAGGAAUCACUCACACCCAGGGCUUGUCUGCCUCUCUCUAGCUCACUCGCACGGCUUGUAGUUGACCGAGUGAAUCGCAGCGAAAAUGAGCCGCGGGGGAGCAGCGGUGGGGGCGAAGGGGAAGAAGAAGGGAGCGACGUUCGUGGUCGACUGCGCGAAGCCGGUGGAGGAUAAGAUCAUGGACAUCGCCUCACUCGAGAAGUUCCUUCAGGAGCGCAUCAAGGUCGGCGGCAAGGCCGGUGCUCUCGGCGAAUCCGUCACCGUUACCCGCGAGAAGAACAAGAUCUCCGUCACCUCCGACAGCAACUUCUCCAAAAGGUAUCUCAAAUACUUGACUAAGAAGUACUUGAAGAAGCACAACGUGAGGGAUUGGCUUCGGGUGAUUGCUUCCAACAAGGACAGGAAUGUUUACGAGUUGAGAUACUUCAACAUCGCCGAGAAUGAGGGCGAGGAGGAAGAAUGAACAUCUAGUAUUCAGUAUUGACGCCUUAUCUCUUUUAAAUUUUUCUUUGCUGUUUGAUUUAUCCAGUAGAUGGGAUUUUUUGUUAUUUUUCUUUUUGAAUGUCUAUUUUAUCUUAAAAGUUUUGUACUGUUAAUGCUGGUUAUCUCAGUAUUAGAUCUGGUUGAUGCAA